UUGCCUGCUCGCUUCUUUGUCAGCCAGCGCUCGUCUCUUGUUUUGCGCCGCGGCUGCUCCUGCGCAGGACCUCUUGAGAAGCUGCGCGGCUCUGCAGACUUUUAAACCCGUGGAUGCGUGACCUGGAUCUGAAUCUGGACACGUUUUCCGCAGAAUGUGCUCAGACUUGGUACCGGGAAUAGAAAGGGCUGCUGCUGCUUGCAAAGUCUGUGUGUGAUGCAUAUAUUUGAAUGGGGAGGCUACGAUAAAAACAAAUAUAUCUUACUAAAUACAAACCGAAGGCGGUGUUUCUGAAUGCAAAGAGGAUUCCGCUAGACCAGUCUCAAACUAAACCAGUGAAGAUGGACGUCAGUGUCUCCGUGUCGUUGUUUCAAGACGAGCUCGCCUCCACCGUCGAGCUCGCAGUGAAAGCGGCUGCAGACAGCGUCGUGUGCGCGAUUACUGAAGCUGUGAGCAGCAAAUUCACUGAAUUACAAGAGGACAUGUCUGCAGUGAAGAGAGAGAAUGAAAGUCUGAAGCUGAGAUUGGAAAUAUCAGAGAGCGAGCUGAAAGCCGUGCGAGGGUGUAUAAACGCUGCACAUGCAGACAUUAAACAGCCUUUCAUAUUUCAAGAUCCCAUAGAGAGCCACGCUAUCCCUGAAUCUGAAGCACAGGAAGGGCCAAAGAUAGAAGCAGUUUACACACAAGAGGAUUCCUUUGAGCAGGAGUGGUGUGCAAGUCUAAUACAGGUUACAGAGCUGCCAUGUGUUAAAGAUGAAGACAUCCCUGAACAGGAAUGUGUUCCUAUUAAAGAGGAAUUCAUAGAACAGGAAUGUGUCCCCAUCGCAGAGGAACUUCCUACUGAAAAUAAUGUCUGUACACUUGAGGAGAACACCAAGCUGGGAUCCAGCCUGUGUGGUGAUUCUCCAUCUGGAUGUGAUCUGGGAUUUGGAGCUUCUAAAGUAGAUGAAGGAGAACACGACUCCACUCCAUCACCCCAGUGCAAAAACUCUUCUAGAAGCAAACCACAGUGCAAGAAGCACAGAGAAACAACACCCCAAGAAGAGUAUGUGAAGACAUUGAGAACUCACUCAGUUAAAAUCCCUUCUUUACAAGACAGACACCCACUUACUGUGGAGAGUACAGAGACGCCACAUUCUGCAUAUUUUAACAAUUCAGAAACCCAGGGCAGCUUGAAGACCUUGCCUCAUUCUAUUAAAGAUGGGAGGAGUUCUUGUCAAUUAGACGUUCCUGAAACUCACAAGGGAAAUCACACAGGAGGCACUACGUUUUCCUGGGCUGAUUGUGGGAAGAGUUUCAAUCAUAUAUCACUGCUUAAAAGGCACCAGCGCAUUCACACAGGAGAGAAACCUUAUCACUGUCCUGUUUGUGGGAAGGGAUUCAGCCAGUUAGGAGACCUUAAAAGACACCAUCAAAUUCACACAGGAGAGAAACCUCAUCACUGUGAUGCUUGUGGGAAGAGAUUCAGCCAUUUAAGAGACCUUAAAAGACACCAUACAAUUCACACAGGAGAGAAACCUUAUCACUGUGCUGUUUGUGGGAAGAGAUUCAGCCAGUUAGGAGACCUUAAAAGACACCAUAAAAUUCACACAGGAGAGAAACCUCAUCACUGUGCUGUUUGUGGGAAGAGAUUCAGCCUGUUUGGAAACCUUAAAAGACACCAUAAAAUUCACGCAGGUGUGUAAUCCUCUCCCUGCACUUAGUGUGAAGAAGUGAAGUCAGUUGCAGGCUCUUGCAGGACUCGAGACCAUUCUCAGAAUUGCAGAUGCUUGGGGACACCUAGACAGCAUGAGUGCAUUUGACUAAAUACAGAAAUAUCUACUGAAAACAAAAUAAUAAACCUGCUUGAUAAACAGGGUCCCCCCUAAUCACAAUCUGUUCAGAUCAAAAGCUCACAGACUCAAAUAUGAACGAGUACGUCUUGUAUUCAUCGUCUUGUUGAGCAUUCGGAUUGUGUUGCCUCACAUUAGUAAUAUAUUAAAUAGAUGUGUUAUUAUGAAUGCACGUUUCUCUUUCCUUUCUCAUGCGUUGCUCAGCCUCUUGCAGUGGGUUCUGUGGAAACUUCCUCGAUACCACGGUGAAUCUGCGGUACCUCAAGACACAGCACAGUGUACUGCAGUUAUCAUGCGGGCAGCUUGCAGUGUAAAGCAGUACUGUUUCCAGCAGGGGGCACCAGAGAGCUUUUAGGAAUGUAAUGGGCUGCAUACCAUUGCUUCUUAAUGAGAUGAUUUCUGUUCAGGAUGUGUUUAAUACUGCCCUCUCUCUCUCUUGGGUACUCUUAUUAACAAAUGCAGGUUCUGUGUUUUUGAUAUAAAUUUGUUGAUUGACAUCGAGACUACUAAAGCAAAUAAAAUCUAUAUUAAAAAUGCUUUGCUGCCUGUAUUAAAUGUUGUUCAGUGUUUCGUCAGUGAAGGAUUUCAUUUUAAAAAUCCAGUAAUAAAUACCGUAGAUGUCCUUGUUUCUGCAUUUCUUAUAUAUACCAUGACUGGAGCAGCUUUUUAAACUGCUGUCUGCUCAUACAAGCGAUCCAUGUGCAAUCAGGCAUAUAUUUUGUCAUUAAGUAUUCUGUAGCUCUGUGGUUUAUACAAAUAGUUUUUUCAUGUUUAACUUGAUGUUGCUUUGAAGCCCGUUUCAGUUCAUCGCUUUCCUGUAAAAUGUUCCCCGCUGUUACAAGUUUGUUAUAACUUUUUAUUAUUUAUGAUUUUGGGAAAUGCACUCUCGUUAGAUAUUUUAUGAUCUGUAGUUUCAAGUCGUUAUUAUUUGUAGUGUUUUAGAUUGCAAGGUUGUGAGAUUUUAAACAGCAAUCUCACACGCCUGCAUGGAAGUUAGAAUCAGGGAUGGAGGAUUUAUAAACUGCAGAAUCAGGAAUGGAAGACAGAGCAGGCAUUUUCAAUACCUGGAAAUGGGAAUUUUAGCAACAAUGCCUCCAUCUUUUGUUUGAAGUAGAUUAUGAUUAGCUGCUCCACAGCUUAGUAUGCAGCUCUGUGCUGAAUCCACAAGUUCAUCGCAAUUGACCCAGAUGGUCGUCAUUGCUGGCUUCAUUAGGAGCACUAGGCACUGGGAAAUGUAGUUCUGAUGCCAUUUUAAAAUCCCAGAACUACAUUCUCUUUAACAGAUUUGCAUAAGUGCUGUGCGCUACACCACUAUCUGUGGAAGAGGCUGAAAGCAGAGCCACGCAAUGCUGUUACAAAGCAAUGCCAGCAGCAUUCAUCUGGAGAGCCUGCACAACCUCUGCACCAGAUUUACAGCCUAAUAAAGUCAAGGAUACCAAAUCUGCUAACAGCACUGGAAGAUGCUAUUGAUAGUGAUGGUGUUGGAGUGGAGACACAAGAGGCUGUCCCUGGAACAUCAGGUAUCAUUCACUACAAAAUGAGUAUUCAAAUCAAUUCAAAAUAAGCAUUCAAAUCAAUUCAAAAUGAGCAUUCAAAUCAAUUCAAAAACGAGUAUUUAAAUCAAAUCUGAUCCUUCUCCCUAAACUACAGAAUUUGAAAGUCUUAUUCUGAAAAGAAAUAGUUUUUAAAAGAUAUCUUCAACUUUCAGCUUUUAUUUUUUUUCUUUUAAGAUGUGGGUCGCACCCCCUGUGCAGCUGCAUGAUCUGAUGCAGUAUUUAUAAAUGCAUCUAGACAAUUCCUGCCGUACUUUUCUCUCCACAUAAACUUGUCCAGGUAUGACGGUAGCAGCUCCUCUUCUGUGCCCUGUAUUGUUUUAAAUAGUUUCUUAACACAGGCCCUUUUGCUGUCCUGCCGUAAACUGCAAAGUCAGUUUGAUAAGUGACCGGGUAUUUCAUAAUGCAAACAGGGUCUCAGGUUGGGUCUGCAUCAGUUUCCCAACAGCAGUAAAAUAGUUUGUGUAACAAUAAAGACGUGUUGUAAGUGUGAUUUUUAUUGGAGCUUCCUUU